GCGCGCCGUGCCCGGUGCCCGCCCGUGCGCCCGCGCCGCCGCGCCGCCAGCAACUUUGGAGCCGGAGCGGCGGGAGGAGCCGAGAGGCUGGAGCGACCCGCCCGCCCUGCCCGGCCAUGGCCGCGCCCGCCCGGCUGCUGACCGCGCUCCUGCUGCUCCGCGGCGUCAGAGCUGUGAGUGACAUUGGGGACUAUGUCGGCUCUAACCUGGAGAUCUCCUGGCUCCCCAAUCUGGACAGCUUGGUGGAAGGCUACGCCCGCAACUUCCGGCCCGGCAUUGGAGACUCAGUGCCACCCCUACAGCUCUGCACCUUCCUUGCAGGACCACCUGUGAACGUGGCACUGGCCAUCGAAGUGGCCAGCAUUGACCAUAUCUCAGAGGCCAACAUGGAGUACACCAUGACGGUGUUUGUGCACCAGAGCUGGAGGGACAGCCGGCUCUCCUACAGCCACACCAACGAGACCUUGGGACUGGACAGUCGCUUCGUCGACAAGCUCUGGCUCCCAGACACCUUCAUCGUCAACGCCAAGUCGGCCUGGUUCCACGAUGUGACGGUGGAGAACAAGCUCAUCCGGCUGCAGCCCGAUGGGGUGAUUCUCUACAGCAUCCGCAUCACAUCCACAGUGGCUUGUGACAUGGACCUGGCCAAGUACCCCAUGGACGAGCAGGAGUGCAUGCUGCAUCUGGAGAGCUACGGCUACUCAUCUGAGGACAUCAUCUAUUACUGGUCGGAAAACCAGGAGCAGAUCCACGGGCUGGACAAGCUGCAGCUGGCGCAGUUCACCAUCACCAGCUACCGCUUCACCUCGGAGCUGAUGAACUUUAAGUCCGCCGGCCAGUUCCCAAGGCUCAGCCUGCAUUUCCACCUGCGGAGAAACCGGGGUGUGUACAUCAUCCAGUCCUACAUGCCAUCCGUCCUCCUGGUGGCCAUGUCCUGGGUCUCCUUCUGGAUCAGCCAGGCAGCCGUGCCCGCCCGUGUGUCUCUCGGCAUUACCACCGUGCUGACCAUGACGACGCUGAUGGUGAGUGCCCGCUCCUCCCUGCCGCGCGCCUCGGCCAUCAAGGCACUGGACGUGUACUUCUGGAUCUGCUAUGUGUUUGUGUUUGCCGCGCUGGUGGAGUACGCCUUCGCUCACUUCAACGCCGACUACAGGAAGAAGCAGAAGGCCAAGAGUGUGAGCCAGAGGGUGGAGAUGGAUGUGAGGAACGCCAUUGUGCUCUUCUCGCUCUCUGCGGCCGGCGUCAGCAGGGAGCUGGCCCUGUCCGGCCCUCAGCGCCUGGUCCCCGGGAACCUCAUGGGCACCUACCGCUCGGUGGAGGUGGAGACAGGAGAGAUGAAGAAGCAGGGGGCAGCCCCGGCAGCCACCCAGGGCAGCCUCCGUGCACUUUUCAAGCCCAUCGAUGCAGACUCCAUCGACACCUACGCCCGCGCCGUGUUCCCCGCGGCCUUUGCCGCCGUCAAUGUCAUCUACUGGGCGGCCUACGCCCUGUGAAGACCCAAGUGCCAGAGUGGGCUAGCCCGAGUCCCCAUGGCUCCCCUCCAGG